AUGUUUGUGCUGAAACAUCUUCUAGAAGAUUUGUAAUUCCUCUGAAAGACUUAGAAAAAGUAAAAAAGUGACUUACGAAAGCAGAUAAGGUCUGAACCAGAGAAAAGACUCCUCACCCUCUGUGAGUAAGCCGGGUCUGACUCUUCUUGCAAGCUGCGGGGAACACGCAAGGCUCUCUGCAUUUUGAAGAAGCUUUUGUCCUUCAGCCAAGACAGGGUUGCUGAGCUGGAAGAUGAACAUCUAAGAUGGAAACUUCUGCUUCAACUGCUGCUGGGAAAAAAGAAGGCAAAGGUGUGGUUCUGGAGGGGGAUGGCUUUACGGAGACGGGGAAGAAACCCACUCCUUUAGCAGCUGCAGGAGCAGCAGUGGCACAAGGAGUGCCGCAGCACAUUUUUCCGGCCUUCCACGCUCCUUUGCCCAUUGACAUGCGCCACCAGGAAGGACGAUACCAUUACGAGCCUCACUCUAUCCACGCUAUCCACGGGCCUCCUCCAUUGAGCGGCAGCCCCGUCAUCUCUGACAUCUCCCUCAUCCGUCUGUCUCCUCAUCCUGCCGGGCCUGGCGAAUCACCCUUCAGCCCACCGCACCCCUACGUGACGCCCCACAUGGAGCACUACCUCCGCUCUGUCCACGGCAGCCCCACGCUCUCCGUCAUCUCCGCUGCCAGAGGGCUCAGCCCCGCCGAUGUGGCUCAUGAGCAUCUGAAGGAGCGAGGCCUCUUCGGGCUGCCCCCACCGCCACCGGGAGCCAACCCAACCGACUACUACCACCAAAUGACGCUGAUGGCCGGCCACCCCAACCCCUACGGGGACAUCCUGAUGCAGAGCGGCGGAGCAGCCGGCACGGCCCACCUGCACGAGUACCUCAGCCCUGUUGAUGUGUCCCGGUUUUCAAGCCCACGGGUGACUCCGAGGUUAAGCCGAAAACGAGCCCUGUCUAUCUCCCCGCUGUCUGAUGCCAGCAUUGAUCUGCAGACGAUGAUCAGGACCUCCCCAAACUCCCUCGUGGCAUAUAUUAACAACUCCAGAAGCAGCUCAGCGGCAAGUGGCUCCUACGGCCAUUUAUCUGCCGGGACAAUAAGCCCUGCAUUCAGCUUCCCCCACCCCAUCAACCCCGUGACGUACCAGCAGAUCCUGACCCAGCAGAGAGGUCUGAGCUCAGCUUUCGGGCACACUCCUCCCCUCAUCCAGCCGUCUCCCACCUUUCCCCCUCGGCAGCACAUGGCCGUCAUCUCCGUCAACCCACCUCCGGCACAGAUCAGCAGCAACAGCAACUGCAUCUCCGACUCCAGUCAGAGCAAGCAGAGCAGCGAGUCAGCCGUGAGCAGCACCGUCAAUCCCGUAAUUAACAAGCGCACCAAAGUCAAGACCGAAGUCGAGGGCUUGCCCCCAGUAUCCCCAACCACGCAGGAGCAUCUGACAGACCUGAAAGAAGAUCUAGAUAAGGAUGAAUGUAAACAGGAGCCUGAGGUUAUUUAUGAGACUAACUGUCACUGGGAAGGGUGCACAAAGGAAUAUGACACUCAAGAGCAGCUCGUCCAUCACAUCAACAAUGAUCAUAUCCAUGGGGAGAAGAAGGAGUUUGUCUGCCGCUGGCAGGACUGCACGCGGGAGCAGAAGCCCUUCAAAGCUCAAUACAUGCUGGUGGUGCACAUGCGAAGGCACACUGGAGAGAAGCCCCACAAGUGCACGUUUGAGGGUUGCUCCAAGGCUUACUCCCGCCUGGAGAACUUAAAGACACACCUGAGGUCCCACACUGGAGAAAAACCUUACGUCUGUGAACACGAAGGCUGCAAUAAAGCCUUUUCCAAUGCCUCGGAUAGAGCCAAGCACCAGAACAGGACGCAUUCCAAUGAGAAACCCUAUGUCUGUAAGAUCCCUGGCUGCACAAAGAGGUACACAGACCCUAGUUCCCUCAGGAAACACGUCAAGACCGUACACGGACCUGAUGCCCACGUCACAAAGAAACAGCGCAACGAUGUCCACCCAAGGCCGCCUCCGCUCAAGGAAAAUGGGGACAACGAGGCGAGCGCCAAGCAGAGCAGUAAGGUGUCAGAGGAGAGCCCCGAGGCCAACAGUACCACGAGGAGCAUGGAGGAUUGCUUACAAGUCAAAACGAUAAAAACAGAGAAUUCUGUGAUGUGUCAGUCCAGUCCUGGUGGCCAGUCAUCAUGCAGCAGUGAGCCGUCACCCCUGGGCAGCACCAACAACAAUGACAGUGGAGUAGAAAUGAACAUGCACAGCGGGGGAAGUCUGGGAGAUCUGACGGCGUUGGAUGACAACGCUCCUGUUGUGGACUCAACGGUCUCAUCUGGUAACUUGACAGUCAGCCUGCAGCUGAGGAAACACAUGACGACAAUGCAACGACUUGAACAGCUCAAGAAAGAGAAACUCAAGACAGUUAAGGAUUCCUGCUCAUGGGUGAACCCAGCUCCACAAGGCAGAAACACCAAGCUGCCUCCCAUUUCAGGAAAUGGCUCUAUUCUAGAAAACAGUGGUGGUUCUUCUGCUACGCUGCCUAACCCAAGAAUAAUGGAGCUGUCUGUCAAUGAGGUUACGAUGCUGAACCAAAUCAAUGAGCGCCGUGAUAGUACGACAAGCACCAUCAGCUCUGCCUACACCGUGAGCCGCAGAUCAUCAGGGAUUUCCCCAUACUUCUCCAGCCGCCGCUCCAGCGAGGCUUCACAGCUCGGGCACCGUCCCAAUAACACGAGCUCUGCUGACUCUUAUGAUCCGAUUUCAACAGAUGCUUCCCGCCGGUCAAGUGAGGCGAGCCAGUGCAGCGGGAUGCCGGGCCUACUGAACCUCACACCAGCUCAGCACUACAGGCUGAAAGCCAAGUAUGCUGCUGCCACAGGGGGCCCUCCUCCAACGCCUCUUCCAAACAUGGAGAGGAUGACCCUGAAGAACAGAAUCUCACUUAUGGAUGGACCAGAGCCCACCUUGCCCUCCAUUCGCCUCCCACCAGGCCCCAGGCGUUGCAGUGAUGGCAACACCUAUGGCUACACAUCCACCGCAGCAUUUCCCCAUGAGGUUCCAGGCAACUGCACGAGACGGGCGAGCGACCCCGUGAGGAGACCUGCUGGAGAGCCCCAGGCCCUCCCGAGAGUUCACCGCUUCAACAGCACCAACAGCAUGAACCCCUUCCAUCCUCCACAUCCUGCAGACCGGAGGAAUUUCAGCAUGCAGAGCUAUGGGCGCUCUGACGGGAGUCUUGCCCGGCACACCUACUCACCCCGGCCACUGAGCAUCAGUGAAAACGUCACUAUGGAAGCCAUGUCUGGGGAGGCAGAGGUGCCUGUUGGAGAUGAUGACAUUAUGCUGCCAGAUGAUGUGGUGCAGUACAUCAAAUCUCAGAACAAUGGGACAGCAGCUGAGAGCACUUCCAUCGGGUACAGCAAUGAGAUGCAGAGCUUCCAGGGAGGCGGGAAGCUGCAGCCCCCAGCCUUUCCCAGCCAGCGCAGGAUGGCGGUGGCCGAGGCGAGCAUGAGCCAUUUGGGGCCCAUGAUGGCAGAGUGUCCCAUGAGCUUUGACGCGCCCUCAGACAUGAAUAAAAAUAACAUGCCUGUCCAGUGGAACGAAGUAAGCUCGGGUACAGUUGAUCUCAUGUCCAAUCAAUCCAAGCAGCAGUUUUCGCAAGGGAACUUAGCAGUGGUCCAGCAGAAGCAGAACUUUGGUCAGUACCAGAGCUACAACCAGCAGCAGAUGCAGCUACCAGAGAACAGCAUGAAUGUAACACAGCAGAGCUUUAUGCAAAGAAAUGUGGGCAUGGAUGGGCAGAGGCUAAACUGUAUGCAGCUGCGGCAGCAGCCAAUGAGCCUAGGCCCAGGGAUGAACCCUGAUCUGGGCUCGCAGGCAGGGUAUAACCAAGCUCAUCAGAUGCUGAGCCCCAGUGCAAUCAAUGGCAACCCAAAUCAGCUCUCUCCUUCUUGUAGCAACAUGGCGACAAAGUCUGGGCCCCACCUCCACCCUCAGCAAAUGGACAUGGCGACCGACCCAUCCUUAAUGGUCAGCAGCAACAGCGAGCGCACAAUGCUGAACCAGGUCAUGCACGAACCGAGCCAGCAGAACUACUCAUCUCAGCCAACCCACAUGAACUUCCCCAUGGCUCAGGAGGCUUUCCAUCAGCCCAUCAUGCCCUCCAACCAGCAGAGCUUUGAGCCCCAGCAGAGCAUGAUGGGUUCGGCGGCGCAGACGUAUCCACCCGGCAUGGUCCAACCUCGUCCCCCCGCUGAGCCCAGCCCGGCCAACAGGCCUCGAGGCCUCCGCACCGUGCAGCAGCUGGGCUACAUGAGAACUCCCCACCCUACAAACACCAUGAGCCCGGGCCAGGAGGCGGUGGAGGCUGUGCAUAAAAGAACCGGCGACGUGUUGCCAGCAUCGACCCAACAGUGCGCGGAUGGCACGAGGGAAAAUAAUUUGAUGUACUAUUAUGGUCAAAUCCACAUGUACGAACAAAACAGCGGCUUUGAUAAUCACUCGGACUGCAGGGUCAGGCAGCAGCAGUGCGCACUGAGCGGCAAGCCGGCCGCUCUGCCAUCCCCGGGCACCAACCAGGUGUCCAGCACGGUGGACUCACAAGGUCUUGAGCCGCCCCAGAUAGAUUUUGAUGCCAUCAUGGACGAUGGGGACCACUCGAGCCUGAUGUCAGGAACCCUGAGCCCCAGCAUCCUGCAGAACCUCUCCCAGAACUCCUCUCGCCUGACGACUCCACGAAACUCUCUGACUCUGCCCACCAUACCCACGGGAAUAAGCAAUAUGGCAAUAGGAGAUAUGAGCUCCAUGCUGACCACCCUGGCAGAAGAGAGUAAAUUUCUCAACAUGAUGUCCUAACAGUAAAGCACAAGGCCUGAGCGCUAUCCAAGGGGUCUGUGUAAAGCAGGUUUUUCAAUGUGCUUUUGAAAAAUAAUCUGUUCCAAUAGAGUAGACUUUUUUUUUUUUUUUUUUUUUUUUUAAGUAUUAAAUACCUUAAAGGGAUUCAAAGUAAAAAAGAAAAAGUAAGUCUCUGUACGGAGUUAUGUAAACUACAUCCAGGCAGAUCAGCACCACAGAGGUGCACCUGUAGUAUUACUUUUGGCUUUGUUCCCCAGAGCACUGAACGGUAUUGCCACCAGGCUAGGAGACUGCAUGGUUAAAGACGAAACCUCCCUUCCAUCCCUGUAGACAGCUCUCCCCAUCAUUUCCCUUUAGUUAUGUUUGCAAAUAUUCCAGUUUCAGCCCACCCCAGGAAAAAAAAGGGAGGACAUGAUUUUGAUCAGAAUUAAAGCCAUACUAUGUAUGCCACUCUGAUGAGAGCAGUGGUUCGUUGUGUCUCCAAACAAGCCCUCUGCCAGCAGUAUUGUUUUGUACCGUAAAUACCUUCGUACCUUGCAAAGAACAUGGAUUCCAAGCGGCUUCUCAGCAAAGUGCCUUACCGUGCUUUCGUGUUUAAUAGCCAAGGCCUCUCUUCCUUUAAAAAUCAAAUAUAGUGUAUUGCCAGAAGCGUAUAUGAAAUGUACAUUUAUGAAAACAUAGCGGUGUUUCUGAGAAAACAUUGGAAAGACGCAUUGAUGAGACACUUGAAAGGUGAAUGCACUCUUUGAUCAGAUGUGUUUACAACGUGGUUUAUAUCAAGUGCCGAGUGGAGCAGGGGCCCGGGAACAGCAAUCACUGGGAAAUAAUCCCCUGUGGCAGGAAGGCUGCAGUGUGCAGGCUGACACACGCACAGCUGUGCCCUCUGAGCGAUGCUGGGACUUCUAUAAGGGUCCUGAAUACCUUUUUAAUGUUGUGUUUCUGAAGCAUGCAUUACCAUAUCCCCGUGCAGCUUUGCCACAGCUUUGCAUUCCUUUAGGUUUUCUAAGAUAAAGCGCUCACAGAUUGAGAAGUGGUAGCAGUGGAGGGUUUUCAGUUGUUUCAGCCCAGUCUGCACUGUGGGAGCUGGUCUGUCUGGCCAGGGUGCAGAUGGGUGAUGCACUCCAUGCAGGGCUCUAACGAGGCCCCGUGCAUGCAUCGGGCACGUGGCAGAACUAACAGGAGGCCAAUCAUGAGCUAAUGCACGCUGCCCUGCAAGGAGGCUUGUUGGCACCCACCCAGUGCUGCGUUAACCUGUCUCACAGCUUUGGUCAGCAUGAAAAGAGCUGCUGUAUUCAAAAAGAACACCCUGGCCGACCCACAGACUGUUCUUUGUACCCAGACUGGUUGAGUUCAGCACUGCACCUGCAGUCUGCAGUGUAGGCAAACAUCUGGAUAGUCUCAAAACAGGUAUUUGGAUCAAAAUAGUGGCUCUGUCUGGGAGAGUAUCUUGCAAACAUUCUUGGGGAAGAGGUGGGAGGAGCAGGGCUUCCCAAAACAAAAUCCUCCACCAAAAUAUAACUGCUUCUAGUAACAACUAGCUGUUUCCAGGCCAGACUCAACUGGCACCGAAGCCAAUCCUGAUAGUAUUAUUUAUUUUUGUUGUUGCCAGACAAAAGGGUAGAAGUGGUGGAUGCAUGCAGGCAGGAGGCCCUGCUUAAAUCCUGACUGUGCAGGACACGGAUGAUUCUCCCCAUCCUGCUCUCACUGCCCCAUAUGUUGAAGGGAACAAGCACGGCAUCCUCCCUAGGUUCUCACAGUUUGACCAAAUGCAUCUUCAGGGUCUCACUCUCUCCUUCCCAUCUCCCCUCCAUGCCUCUGUCUCCAUCCCCUGCAUAAGAUGGCGACAGCUCUGUAAGGUGCUUUCUGGUUUCCCAGCAUCCCUGCUUUCCUUUUGCACAAGCUGAUGUGUGAGGCUCACUGUUCCCAGCUGGUGUGAAAACAUCACGUGCUAUCUCCAGGAAAACUUUGUGCUGAUUCGUACCCCAGCAGUUGGGGUUGGCAGUGGUGGCUGGGACAGCCCUGCUGCUCAAUAGCCCUGAACACAGCCGGUGCAGGGAGGUGCUGCUCAGCGUCCUGCGAUCUCAUCCAACCUCAUCCCAAAUGCAAAGGGUGUGCACAGGAUGCUCUCACCUUGAGGUCCCACUGAUGUCCUGGGUGCAUGAGGACAGGAAAGCAAAGCAAGGUGUCUGGCUGUUGGUUUGUGUCUCUCGUGAAAGGUAUGUGUAAAGGGAUUGUUUUAUAGUCUGCUGUAUAUAUUCUGCAAUUGCUGACCUUGCCCUUGCCUUUGCAUUUAUGAAAAGAGGGCAGUACGUAUUUUAGGAUGUUGUAUGUUGUCCUGGACGCUCGGAGUGCAAAUGGGCAUCCCAUGUACUGAGUCAAAUCAGGCCUUCGUGUGUCCUUUGACUGCUAAUCUGGUUUUUUUUCAACAGCUGCAUAGGGCAGUGGUGUCUGCUGAGUCCCUCUUCACAGAUAUCUCAUUAACAAAAGAUCAAACACAAAAGCAAAACCAAAUCUCCGAUGACUUGAGAUUUCUCAGACUUUCCAGACGUGGUCUUCCUUCAUUUACUGAAAUAGUAUUAUAAUAACCAUUCCAGCACUGUAUAUAUUAUGUAUAGAAGACAUCAUUACUAAAAGUACUGUAGGUGAAUUGUUCUGUCAAAUUUAUAUCUUAAGAACAUUUUUAGCUGUUUUCUACAUCGUAAGAACGGAGGUAACAUGCUGAAACUGUAUAUAAACCUUUUGUACAUUAAAAAGUUAAUUUUUUUUCGUAA